AUGGCAUCCGAAGGCGCGCCACCUACCCCGAGCAAACUGGAGGUAGCCCUUUUCUUAGCUGCUACUCAAGGUUACGACACAAUUGUGAAGUUGUUAUUGAGUACGCCGGGAGUGAACUUGAACUGCACGGACGAGAACAAUCGAACGCCCAUCGCCUUGGCUGCGGAUGAGGGGCAUGAGAAUGUGGUCCAGCUUCUGCUGGAGAAUGGCUCUGUCGGGCUCAAUUCACAAGAUUCUAAAAAUGGGUUAACCGCUCUUUGCUCAGCUGCCAAGAAGGGGCAUACGGGUGUUGUCCGUCGUUUGCUGGAGUCCGGUGCGGAUGUUAAUAUUCCUGAUUCCAAGGGUCAAACCCCUCUGUCCUGGGCUGUCGAGAAUGGCCAUCAAGCGGUAGUGCAGCUGCUUCUAGGGCACGGCAGUAACCCGAAUACACCCGACCCUGGUGGACAAACACCGUUGUCUUGCGCUGUGUCAAAAGGGAAUCAGGAGAUAGUCAAGUUGUUAUUGUCUAGCAGCGAUCUGGAAUGCAACACCCCUCAUCCCAAUGGACUUACUCCUCUAUGUUGGGCCGUGAAUGAAGGUCAGGAAGAAAUUGUGCAACUACUUCUGGACCGCAGCGACGUUGACCCUAAUAAGCCGGAUACCGACGGUUACGCACCGUUGAGUCGAGCGGUUGAAAAGAACUCUCUAGCGAUGGUGCAAUCGCUUCUCAAGCGCGACGAUGUCGACCCCAACGUCCUAAGUCCCGAAGAGGAGACACCUCUGUCGCGAGCAGUGGAUAAAGAACAUGAGGAGAUAGUGAAGUUGCUUAUAGGACGCCCCGACCUUGAUCCAAAUACUGCGGACUCCACCGGACAAACGCCCCUGUUCAGCGCUGUAGAAAUGGCCCAUCACGUAAUGGUUCAGAUUAUUCUAGCGCAUAGUAACAUUAAUCCAGACAUUCCGGAUGCGAAUGAGCAAACGCCAUUGUCAUGUGCUGUCGAACGGGAGGAGCCAGAGAUAGUAAAGAUGUUACUGAGAGCGGGUGCCAAUCCAAGUGUUGUUGAUAGGAAUGGAAGAAUGCCACUCUCACGCGCUGCCGAAAAGGAAAAUCCAGAGAUGACUCGACUCCUGCUUAGAGCUAGAGCAGACCCCGAUGCUGCCGAUAUAACCGGGAGGAAUCCCCUUUCCUAUGCGGUGGAGAGCGGGCACCUCGAGAUAGUGAGGUUCUUGAUCAAGGCCAAAGCCAAUCCGGACCUGGCAGAUCAGGACGGCAGACUGCCACUGUCUUUUGCUGUGGAAAAAGGAGACGAGGAGAUAGUCCACAUGUUACUGAAAGCUAGGGCCAACCCGGACCUAGCUGACAACAGUGGGAGGGUGCCACUAUCGCUCGCCGCAGAAAACGGGAACCAUGAGAUAGUGCAGCUGUUGUUGAAAGCAAAGGCAAAACCCGACAUGAGGGACAAAAAAGGCAGGACGCCACUUCUAUGGGCAGCCGACAAAGGCCACAAGGACGUGGCUUGGGUUCUGCUUGCCACAGAAAAAGUCGACGUCAACUCCACAGAUGAGUAUGGCUGCACACCACUAUGGUGGGCAGCUCGACAUGGGCAUUUGCCGGUUGUGCGGCUGCUCGUUCGGAAGGGAGCAGAUAUUGAAGUACAACCCAGAAUCACCGACAGGAGCAAAUUUGGAAACCCUUUGUUCCAGGCCGGUCGAAAGGGUCAUUUGGAAGUGGUGAGAUAUCUACUGAAGAAGGGCGCUGAUGUCAACGCGACGAAUGGCGAGAAUGAGACCUCACUGCUGCUAGCACUGUUGAAUGAUCGAACCAAGCACGGGAGGGAGGUCAUUGGCUUGAUAUUGCAGAAGGGAGCGGACGUCAAUGCUGCGGACAAGUCUGGACAAACGCCACUCGACAUAGCUACCAAGCAGAACGAUCUGGAAUUGAUGAACGUUUUAAUGGAACAUGGAGCCGAGAUCGACUCCGUAACGGAAGAAGGCGCGACCCCGUUGCACCAAGCAAUAAUCAACGAGCGCGAAGAUAUAGCGGAGGUAUUGCUGGAGCACGGGGCCGACCCCGAGGCGCAAGAUUCGCACGGGGAUGCGCCUCUCCAUUUUGCAGCAGCAAGUGGUCGCCGCAAGAUGGCCGAGUUGCUCCUGGACAAGGGCGUAGAUAUCGACAUCACCAACUACACUGGAGACACUCCUCUUCAUAAAGCCGCCAGCAACGGACAUCGAAAAAUGGUGGAGUUCCUACUCUCAAGGGGAGCCACCCUUGAGAUACGGAACGAUUAUCGACAGACACCGUUGCACAAGGCGGUUGGAGCUAAACACCAUAUCUUGAGGCUGCUGGUCAACCGAGAUGCCGACGUCCUCGCAAAAGACAUGUACGGCAAGACAGCCCUCCAUCUAGCUGCGGAAGCUGGUCUGAAGGAGGAUGUGCACUUUUUGAUGGGUCAUGGGGCCGCAACUGACGGAAGAGAUGGUAACGGACGCACAGCACAGGACUUGGCUCGAGUAGAGGGACACGACGAUGUUGCUGAACUGUUUAACAAGAUGGCGUUGGUUCUCGCGGAGCAAUCUGGGUCUGAUUAG